UGCACGGCAGCAUCACAAACACAACAGCAACCAUAACCCCGUCAAGGAUAAACAGCAGUAUCUAGCUUGAAUCUCCUCUGCUUGCUUUGCUCCUUCCAGUUCCAACCGCAAUGGCAGCUGCUAUGAAGAUCGCCCUCCUUGCCGUGGCGGCGAUGGCCGUCUUGAGCACCGCAUCGGCCGCGACAUACAACGUCGGCGAGCCGGCCGGCGAUUGGGGCUUUGGCAUCAACUACGGCAGCUGGGCGUCCUCCAAGCAGUUCAUCCCCGGUGACAGUAUCGUCUUCAAGUACAGCCCGCAGGCGCACGACGUGCUCGAGGUCAGCAAGGCAGACUACGACUCCUGCAGCGUCGCAAGCCCACUGACCACCCUCAAUACCGGCAACGAUGUUGUCUCACUCCCCGCCACCGGGACCCGCUACUUCAUCUGCGGUUUCACUGGCCACUGCACCGCCGGCAUGAAGGUCGCUAUCGAUGUCGUGUCGGCCUCUUCCCCGUCGACGCCAUCGUCGCCCGCACCAGCCAGCGGUCCCAGCGCCAGCAACUCUCCCCCGCCGCCAUCGCCCUCCGCCGCUACCUCCGUCAGGGUCACAGCAGGCCUUGGCCUUGUUGUCGUGCUUGCCGGUCUCAUGGCUUGAAGUCAGAUAUCUGAGGCGUCACGAACAUACGAGCUGAUGUAUAGUCAAAUUUAUAUUGCUGGUGUAUUAUUUUUUAGUGUGUGAGAGAAUGAUACAUUACAUGUAUAGGUGCAUAUUCAUGGUAGAGGAUAUAAAAUAAUAAAGUCAGCAUCUUUUCAAUUGAAA